AGACCCACACGUUUCUUUACCCUAACCUUUUCACUGGCUCGAGGGAAGGCACACAGGACACAGCCGCCGCCGUUUCUUCUUCUCCCAUCAUCUCCCUCGCAGCGCCGGCGCUCCAUCUUCCGCUCCCUCCCUUUACUCGCGCUCGGUAAGCAGGCGACGGCGGCGGUGCUCAGGUUUGGGCUCUCAGCGACGGUGUCAGCGGCUUCCCUUCCCGCCUCUCGCUGGUCGCCUCGCGCCCUCGCCUCCGGUCCUCCGCGCACCGGCCGGUGACCCUACGUGCGUGCCUCUCUCUCUUUCUCCUCUCGCCUCUGGUGGAUCGUCAAUGGCUCCCGGCCGCGGCGGCUGCGCCACACGCCGCGCGCGGCCUGAGGGCAGCGGGAGCCAGCAGCCGCUACUCCACCAAGGCGGUCGCGCCGCUUUGGGGGCGCUUAUGCCCCAAAGCGAAGCGUUACCCGUCCGCUUAGUGCUUCAGCGCGCUGGGGCGUGCUCCUAGUGCUGCCUUUUGGAACCCUGGUUCUUGAGCUCCUUGUAAUUUGAGGCGUAAAAAAAGAUUGUGCAACAUACAUGUUCACACAAAUAAAAUGCCAUAUACAUACAAUAACUGCAUUGCUGAAGCUAAGGCCUUGCUUUGCAUGUACAUUCCACUUGUCAUGCUUGUUCGUCGUGUUAAGCAAAAGUAUACUGUUUGUUAGGAAACUACGAGGUACGACUUAUUGGCUUACUUUAAAAGUUCUAGCGGUUAAACAAGUGGUGAUCUCCAUGCUUUUGUGGGAUUCAAUAACAGUAAUCAUUGGAAAAUGUUUGCAUAUGUUAAGACAUUUAAAUUUGUUUUCUCCCAAGUUUCAUACUUAGCCUCGUGUUUCUUAUCUUAAACAUGUUCUAUGUGUUUCAGUUGAAUAGAGGGCUAUUAAUUGUUUGGAAUCUACUUUUGUAGUUGAUUCCAAGCAUGGAAACUCUACCAAAUGGCUCAGUAAAUAAUGCUGAGCUUAACCAGGAAAAUGAGAAGUCCAUGUAUGCUAGUGAGUCUGAAGAAGCACGGGAUAUUUUUGUUUACAGAGAAGAUGUUGUGAGCUUGAAGUCCAAGGAGGAUGUCCGUGGUGUAGUAUUGGAGGUAGCUGGGGAAUAUGAUUAUGAUGGUAGCAUCACUGAUGAUGACAUUGAUACUGAGGAACAUGAAGAUAAAACUGCUUAUGGAGCUGAAAAUGGUGUUGCCGAUGGUGGUAAUGUUAGUAAUGGAGCUGAAGUUGAAAGUCAGAGUUCUUUGCCUGAUAACAAAGUUCGAGUGCUAUGGAUAGAUGGUAGUGAAAAGACAGAAGACAUUGAUGAGGUAGUUGUUGUUGAUAGAAGUUUCCUUCAUGGAGAUUUUAUUGCCUCCGCCUCAGAUCCAACUGGUCAGAUGGGGCUUGUUUUGGAUGUCAAUCUUGUGGUUGAUUUGCAAGGUGCCAAUGGCGAUAUGAUAAAGGGUGUAUCAUCUAAGGAGUUGGGACGAAUCAGGGAAUUCAAUGUGGGUGAUUAUGUCGUCUCCGGGCUAUGGCUUGGUCGAGUUGAUGGAGUGCUAGAUAAUGUUUAUGUGUCGUUUGAUGAUGGCUCUGUCUGUAAAGUCAAUAGGGCAGAUCCUAAGUGCUUAAAGCCAGCAGCUGGCCCAAUUCAUCCAGAUACAGCUUGUCCUUUUUAUCCAGGACAGCGUGUCAAGGCAUCAUCAUCAUCUGUUUUCAAAACAUGCAGAUGGCUUAACGGAUUUUGGAGAGCAAGUCGUCUUGAAGGUACUAUCACAAAAGUGGAAAGUGUUGCUGUUUUAGUCUAUUGGAUUGCAUCUGCACACUUUGCUACAGAUCAGCAAUCUGUUCCUCUAGAGGAGCAGAACCCAGAGGACCUUACUCUUUUGUCUCGUUUCUCAUAUACAAACUGGCAAUUAACUGACUGGUGUCUUUCUCAGCGAUACACUUCAUGUACUAACGAUACCAUGAUUGAUUCUGAUAAGCAUACAUGGCAGAUAUGUACAUGCUCAGAAAACUCAGUUCCACUGUCUGGUAUUCCAGAAUCUCAAGCUGAUGCUCAGAUUGAUACAGAUACAGGUCACAGGCAGACAGAUGUUGAUUCUACUGCAGAUGUAUUGAGUAUGUCGGAUGGAGAUAAUUCAUGCAUAGCCAAAGAAUCAGAAACAGGAACUAGUGCAUCAAGCAUCUCAAAUGAGGGUCCACAGGACAAUGCAACAUCUAGAAAAAAGUUUAGGAAAGUAUUUUUUAAAAAAGACAAAAGAACAAAAAAAAGAGAUGACAACUUUGAGCGAGCUCUACUCAUUGCGAAUACUUGUACCAAAGUCGAUGUAAUCUGGCAGGAUGGGACAAAGGAAUGUGGAGUAGCCGCAACAGCAUUGAUCCCUAUCCACAGUCCAAAUGAACAUGAAUUCUUCCCGGAGCAGUAUGUUGUGGAUAAAGUCACAAAUGAUGUUGGUGUUGAUGAUUCUUCUGAACCAAGGCGUGUGGGUCUUGUUAGAGGUGUUAAUGCUAAGGACCGAACAGCAACUGUGUCAUGGUUUAAGCCUCCUCUACAUCCAGAGGAGCCAAAGGAGAUCGCAUGUAACGAAAUUGUGAGUGUAUAUGAACUGGAUGUCCAUCCAGAUUAUGAUUAUUGCUAUGGAGAUAUUGUUGUCCGCUUGCCGCCUGUUAAACCGGUAAUUGAGUCAACCAAUAGCAAGGAACAAAUGGAACUGGAUAAGACGUUAGAUUCCUCGGAAGGAUUUGCUGCUUCAUAUUCUGCACCCCCUGAUACUAGUGCAGACGAACAGCUUUCACAGAAGGAAUCCUGCUUGCAGUUUACAAGCCUCUCUUGGGCUGGAAAUAUAGUUGGCUUUCAAGACGGUGAGAUUGAAGUCAUUUGGGGUGAUGGAUCGAUUUCUAAGGUUGGUCCUCAUGAAAUAUAUGUUGUUGGUCGUGAAGAUGAUGGUGCCUCACUAGAUGAUGGAACAGCCUCUGAUGGUUCUAGCUGGGAGACUGUUGAUGACAACGAAAUGGAUGUACUUCAUGAUUCUGCAAAGGGUGAUUCGCAAAAUGUACCUGAGAAUAGCAUUGGAAGGGAAAAUGGUUCAUUCAGCUCCCAGGAUGGAAGUUCUGUUGCAACUGGUCCCCUUUCAGUUGCUUUUGAGUUUGUGACCCGACUGGCGAGUGAUCUCUUUGCUCGAGGUAGAAGGCAUUUAGAUGGAUCAUCAGAUGCUAUGGAUGAAGUUGAGUCUCACUGGUCUAAUGAGAUUUCAGAAAUUGGUGAUGACAUUGAUAAGUGUAAUAAGAAUCAUGUGGAAUCACCAGAGCAUGCUGCAGUCAUAGAAAAUGAUUCUUCUGUCGAGAAGUCUGUAGAUGUGGUUAUGGCUGAUAAUCCUGUACAUUCUGAAUGUUUCAAACACUUUGAUGUUCUGCAAUGUCCUCUAGACCACCACUACCUUGAAAACACAACCCAGGGUACAGGUGGAAAAAAGUGGGUCAAAAAGGUACAACAGGAAUGGAGCAUACUUGAGAAGAACCUACCAGACUAUAUUUAUGUCAGGGUAUUUGAGGAUCGCAUGGAUCUCUUGAGAGCCGUGAUUGUUGGAGCAAGUGGAACACCCUACCAAGAUGGCCUUUUCUUCUUUGAUUUCCACCUUCCACUUGAGUAUCCGCUAGUCCCUCCGUCAGCAUACUAUCAUUCUGGUGGUUUGCGUGUAAAUCCAAACCUGUAUGUGGACGGGAAGGUUUGCUUGAGUCUCUUAAAUACCUGGACUGGCAGAGGGAACGAAGUUUGGGAUCCAUCAUCAUCAAGUAUUCUCCAAGUACUAGUUUCACUUCAGGGAUUGGUUCUCAAUGAAAAACCCUAUUUUAAUGAGGCUGGGUAUGAGAAGCAAGUUGGUACUGUUGAAGGGGAGAAGAAUGCAGUGCCGUAUAAUGAGAAUACGUACCUGCUGAGCGUGAAAUCCAUGCUGUAUAUAUUGAGACGGCCUCCUUUGCAUUUUGAGGAUUUUGUGAAGAGCCACUUCCGCAAGCGUGGUCACUACAUCCUUAAAGCUUGCCACGCCUAUUUGCAAGGAAAUGUUGUUGGCACUCUCACCGACGACGCGUGCACCACCGACAGAAGCAAAGAGCACUCGAGCUCUGUUGGCUUCAAGCUUGUACUAGCAAAGAUUUUACCACGGUUGAUUACAGCCCUGAAGGACACUGGAGCUGACUGCGACCAAUACGAGCACCUCGGGAGAACAGAAACCGUUACAGAAAGCUGAUCAUUGAGUGAUUUGUACUUGAUUCUUUUGCUUUUUCUCUGUUUUUUGGGGUUUCAGAAAGAUGGUGACUUCACCACCAGGCUGUUUUCCUAUAAAUGUACAUUCAAAGUUUGUUGUUUCAGUCAAACAUUUGGAAAAUUUGGCCCAAAUGAUUUAGGGGGGGGGGGGGGGGGGGGGGGUUUGAAGUCACUAGAGAUAAUAGUUAGUUAGCUAAAAAUUGUUAGUGUUAUUAGCUAGCUAACUAUUACCAAAUUUGCUAAAAGUAUCUAAUAUCUAAACUAUUAGUUAGACUGUUUGGAUGUCUUGGCUAAUUUUAGCAGCUAACUAAUAGUUUUAGUGCAUUUAAACACCUCUUAUUCGUUACAUGGAACUGAACUACACUGUACAGCUGAUGUUUGGUUAAACUUGUACCAGCGAAGAGUUGGCAAUACUGGAACCAGGCCUAGAGAUUCCUGGAACAGAGAUUUGAUGUCCA